CAGAGAGGAGAUGGCGGCCAGAGGGGGGUUUCAGUCAGCACCAACUGGAGGUGGUGUCGGAGCAAUGGGACCUGGACCUCCGGUACCGGGUGCAGGACCGGGCAUGGGACCUGGGACUCCCUCUGGAAGGAUGGGACCGUCUUCGGCGGCGCAGAACCAUAUGUACCGCUCCCCGAUGCCCGGGCCCGGUUACCCGAGACCGGGCAUGCCUCCAUCCAGCCGUAUGACCCCGCAGGGACCGGCCAUGGGACCCCCAGGAUAUGGUAAUAGCCCUGUGUCUCGCCCCGGGAUGCCUGGCGUGAUGGACCCGUCUCGCAAGAGGCCCGCACCCCAACAGAUUCAGCAGGUUCAGCAGCAGAACCGCAACCAGCACACAAAGAAGAAGAAGAUGGCUGAUAAAAUUCUACCUCAGAGGAUCAGGGAACUGGUCCCAGAGUCUCAGGCUUACAUGGAUCUACUGGCUUUUGAGAGGAAGCUGGACCAGACCAUCAUGCGCAAGAGGUUGGACAUUCAGGAGGCUCUUAAGAGGCCCAUUAAGCAAAAGAGAAAGCUCCGGAUCUUCAUAUCCAACACCUUCAACCCUGCAAAGCCUGACGCCGAGGACGGAGAGGGCACAGUGGCAUCGUGGGAGCUGCGUGUUGAGGGGCGUCUGCUUGAAGAUACGGCCGUGUCCAAGUAUGAAGCCACUAAACAGAAGAGGAAGUUCUCCUCUUUCUUCAAGUCCCUGGUGAUUGAGUUGGACAAGGACCUGUACGGUCCAGAUAAUCACCUUGUGGAAUGGCAUAGGACCGCCACCACCCAGGAGACUGAUGGUUUCCAGGUGAAGAGGCCAGGUGACGUGGGUGUCCGCUGCACCGUCCUGCUCAUGCUGGACUACCAGCCCCCUCAGUUCAAGCUGGACCCCCGGCUGGCUCGUAUGCUGGGCAUCCACACCCAGACAAGACCUGUCAUCAUCCAGGCUCUGUGGCAGUACGUCAAGACUCACAAGCUCCAAGACCCCCAUGAGCGCGAGUUCAUCAACUGUGACAAAUACCUGCAGCAGAUCUUUGAGACCCAGCGAAUGAAGUUCUCUGAGAUCCCGCAGCGCCUGCAUGCACUCCUAAUGCCUCCAGAGCCCAUCAUCAUCAACCAUGUGAUCAGCGUGGAUCCUAAUGACCAAAAGAAGACUGCUUGCUAUGACAUUGACGUGGAGGUGGACGACACACUGAAGACCCAGAUGAACUCCUUCCUGCUCUCCACAGCCAGUCAGCAGGAAAUAGCCGGGCUAGACAACAAGAUCCAUGAAACCAUUGAGACCAUUAACCAGCUGAAGACCCAGAGAGAGUUUAUGCUGAGUUUUGCCAGAGAUCCUCAGGGCUUUAUCAAUGACUGGCUGCAGUCCCAGUGCAGAGACCUCAAGACCAUGACAGAUGUGGUUGCAAACCCAGAAGAAGAGCGAAGAGCCGAGUUCUACUACCAGCCGUGGGCCCAGGAAGCAGUCUGUCGCUACUUCUACUCCAAGGUCCAGCAGAGACGACAGGAGCUGGAGCAGGCGCUCGGCAUCAGGAACACCUAAAGAAAUGCGUCCAGAGACGGCAGACAUGAGACGACUGACGAGAGUGUGUGUGUGUACGUGUGUGUGGGAUGUUCAAAAUGAAUUCCUCACAGAGUUUUCUGACAAACUUAGAGACAUAGAUGCUAGAUGGCUUUAACGCUAUAUAGGAUGUCUUUUUUUUUUUAUCUUCACCCUGCAGCUCGGCUACUAUUUGCAGUUUGGUUGCUACUUCCACUUUUUUUUAUAUACAUGAUUCUUUUUUUUCCCCCUUCACCAGAGCUCCUUGAGCACGAUGUAUUUUCUCUUGCAUGUUUAAGACUUACCUGGAAGCAUUCCUUUCAUUUUGAUAAAUUGUGCCCGCACAAAAGUACAGAUUGUGCACAAAAUGAAAAGCUGAGGGCAGACUGUACGUGGCAACUUCAGCAGGAAUGUGUUGAUUCUGCCGUCGCUCUUUGUCCCCCGUUUUGGAAAGUAAAUUUACAUUUUACACUCCUGGCCCGGCCUCCAGGUGCUAGCCCAUUCAAGUUAAAUAUUGAUGGUCAUUGUGUUUGUAAUUAAUCAGGCCACUUUGCUGCACAUUGGCUGUUGAUGUCACUUUGUCUUAAAACUUUUCAUCAGUUUGUUUUUUGACACUUUGUGCCACAGUCUGUACGAGAGAAUGAGACAUUUUUUUGUUGAAAAGCUCAAUCAGUGCAGAAUAUACAUCGAUGUGGCAAAACGGUUUUUGUUAAGGGUGCCAGUAUGAAGUUUUUCUUUUCUCUUUUUUUUGUUAUUAUCAUUGAUCCUUGUUUUAAAAAUAUGUAUAAUAUCAGUACUUGUCUUGUUAACUAGUACAGAUUAUCAAGGAAGUAGCUAGUAUGAGUACCUCUAGUCUAUAUAGUUUUGUAAAUAUUGAGCAAAAAAACUGAAGAUGGAUGUGAAGUAAAAUUGUAACUCUUAUCCUGGCAAAUCUUUUUCUUAACUCUUUGUCUAUGCUCAGAUAGUUGAACCAGUAUUUAUAUUAAUCAGCCCUCGCUCUUCGAGCCUGGUGAUUUAGCUCUACAUGACGUAAAGACGGCGGUCACGUUUGACAAACCCGCUGCUCUGCUGAGCUGGGAAGAGUUGAACCCUGCCUUUUUAGUCUUGUGCUUCUUGGUAAUGUGCAGAGAAGCCGUAAACACUUGAACAAGCUCGGUCUCACACGUGGACGAGCAGACGUAAAGAGUCGUAGCUUCUUGGCACACUGACUGAAGACCUGACACCGUUUUUUUUAGUUAAAUGGUUGUUUCCCUGUUUAAGGUAAAUAUGAGUGUCCUGGCUGAAACGUCUGCGUGUGCAUUUAAUGAAUUCCAAGAAUACACUAAUGUGGGUUUGGGAGGCAGGUACAAGAUUUUGAAAUGAGUGUGGGAACCUCGGGGGUGUAAAACUUAA